AUGAAGCUCCUAGAUGUCGCCCUCCUGGGUCUUAUCCCUACUCUCAUAACAAUUCACCUUAUUCUCGUCCCGGACACGAAAGUCGAGGAAUCCUUCAACAUCCAGGCCGCCCAUGACGUGCUCGUCUACGGCACGCCCACUCACGACGUGGCAGCUCGCUUGCGCGCCACCUACGACCACUUUGACUUCCCCGGGGCCGUUCCGCGUACAUUUAUCGGCCCUGUACUCCUCGCCGGCCUUGGUGGCCCUGUUGUCAACCUCUUCGGCUUCCACCACGCCCAGCUUAUCGUCCGCGCCCUCCUGGGGUUUGCUAACGCUGCCGCGCUGCUGGUGUUUGCAAGCAGCCUGAAUAAAGGGCUGGGCUCGAAUGUGAUGAGAUGGUGGGUUAUGUUGCUAGUCAGCCAGUUUCAUGUCGUGUUCUAUGCUUCGAGGACGUUGCCCAACAUGUUUGCCUUCGGCUUGACAACACUUGCCGCAGCAAACCUGCUUCCAUUCCCUUCCACAUCUCCCAAGUCCCGCUCCGCGCGCCUCCGCGUCGCGAUCUCCCUCCUUGUCUUCGCUGCCGCAAUCUUCCGCUCCGAAGUCGCCGUCCUCCUCGCAACCACAGGCCUCUACCUUCUCGCCACGCACCAAACCACGAUUCUCCACCUUGUCCGCCCCUUUCUCAUCUCCUUCGCCGUUGCCGUCGCUGUCUCCGUGCCCCUCGACUCAUAUUUCUGGCAGAAGCCGCUCUGGCCGGAGCUCUGGGGUUUCUACUACAACGCCAUUCUUGGCUCUUCGUCCAACUGGGGCGUCUCCCCCUGGCACUACUACUUCUCUUCGGCAUUGCCGCGCUUGCUCGUCAAUCCCCUGGCCUUCCUCCUAGUCCCGUUGGCCCUCUUUCACCCAGCAACAUCCCGCACAGCAGCUGGCCUCGUGGUGCCCCCCCUCCUCUUUGUUGCCAUCUACUCCCUCCAACCACAUAAAGAAGCCCGCUUCAUCUUCUACGCCGUCCCGCCCCUGACCGCCGCAGCAGCCCAGGGCGCAAACCUGAUAUUCGCUCGCCGCUCCAAGUCUCCGCUCUACGCCCUGGCCUCGGCCGCCCUCGUGCUCAGCGUUCUUGCCUCCCUCGCCGCCUCAACGGGCAUGCUUCUCCUCUCUUCCCUAAACUACCCCGGCGGCGACGCACUCCGUCAGCUGCACGCCCUGGUCGUCUCCGACUCCUCGGGCAGCGGUGGCGCCGUCACCUCCGUCCACACCGAUGUCCUCAGCUGCAUGACGGGCGUCACCCUCUUCAAUCAGAACCUCGUCGGCCUGCCCAAGAACCCGCAUGCCCGCGCCCUGGAGUCCGCCCUACAUGACGGCACCUCAGCCUCGACGAUGACGUCCUCGCCGAUCCUCACGUUCGACAAGACCGAGGACAAGGCCGUCCUCGCCGAUCCUGCAUUCUGGUCCCGCUUCGACUACGUCCUCGCCGAAGACCCGGCCUCCGUCAGGGGCGGCCAAUGGGAGACGGUCGGCAUCGUGCAGGGCUAUGCCGGCGUCGAAAUCCUACGACCCGGGUCCAAGUCCCCAUCUGAUGGCGGCGACGAGGAGGAAGGGGAGCCAAGGGUCCUAGGAAGAGGUUUGGUAGUCAAGCGGGUGCGUGGGCUAGUCCGGGGAUUAACGGGCGGCUGGUGGGUUGGGCCGCGCAUGGAACCACGGAUCCGGAUCCUGAAACGGACCAAAGACGCCGGCGCCGGUGUCCGGGUCGUCUCUCAGUAA